AUGUAUAGUGCAAGCAAAAGACUGCAAGCUGUUCGACGACAACUUUUGCAUAUGGAUGAACAGUACAGGAAUGGUUUAGACAUCGAUGAAGACAACUCGAUGGUAGAGACCGAAAAUUGUCAAGAUGAACCAAAGGACUUGGUGGAAAAGAAUCUCUCUAAAGGUUUCAUCAAUUCUUCGGCGUCAGCUACUGCCCACGAUCAACAAAACUGUGGCAGCGUGGACAUCGAAAAUGUUUUAGGAUCAAUUGUAGACUGCGGUUCUAGCGAAGAUAUUGACAAUAUUCCUCUUUCGGAAGAGCUACGGAGCGCCAUUUCCAACAUGGAAGAUCUGGAUGAUGUGGACUGCCUGAUAGGAAAUGUAAUAAACGCAGUACAAGUGGACGCCUCCUUUGACCAAAAUUUAGAAACGCUGGAACAAUCUGUCUCAUCACCCGACAGUCCUUUGGGAAGGCUGGCGAAUUAUCGACAAACAUCGUCAAUAGCCAGUGGGAGUGGCCAGAGUUCACUAAAGGGCAGUGCCCAGCAGUCCAUGACAUGGGACCAAGAGGAAAGCUGGAGAAAAGACAGGAGAAAAAAAGAUAACCACAAUAUAAUCGAGCGACGCAGACGAUAUAACAUUAAUGACAGGAUUAAAGAAAUAGGCACACUUCUACCUUCCAGUAUCCCACCUGACCUAAAAAAAAACAAAGGCUCUAUCUUAAAGGCGGCCGUGGAAUUCAUUAAGGAGCUGAAGAGAGACAAUUGCAAGGUGCACAAACUGGAGGAGAAGCUGCGAGUUAUGAACUCCAAACAUCAAAAACAAUUGUUCAGAAUUUUUCAACUGGAACUAAAAAUCAAACUGUACGGUUUAACAGAAGGUAUGGAUGACGUCAAAACAAGGAAAAAGAAGCCCAAACGACGCUUGUCAGAAAUAAAUGCCAUGGUGGAGGGAUUUUGCAAGCAAAGUUCAAUGUCCCUCCUGCAACAAACCGAAGAAAAAAAAUUACCAAAAAAUGCAAGCUGCAAAAAGAACAAAUUAUCUAAAUUUGGGGAACAAAAGUGCAACCCAAACAUCAAACAAGGAUUACGACAACACCUUAGUAAAAAGAUGACCGCAGGAAUGCAAGCAGACGACAAACAAUUUGAAAAGUCCGAUUUUUUUCGUGCCGAAACUCAAUUUGAGGUUCAAGAGAAAACACCGCUUAUGAUGAUCAACAAGAAAAAUGAGCAAGCAACAAAAGAUACCCCAAAAAGUCACCCAAAAGAAAAUAAUUCUCUUGGAACAGAUAAGAACAGUAGUGUUGUUGCGCAGAACAUGGAAGAGGUCAUAGAGCUGACAACGGAGCAAUGCAACAUUUUGCUGGAUUUGUUAGAGAACCAAGGUAGUGUUAAUGAAAUCUUGAUCAACAGCGAGGAUAUGAUACAACAGGGAAGCUCCGCUCCAGUGAGAGAGUGUUCGGCAGAACAAGACUGUUUGUCUCCAGUUUCCAACACUAGCAACAUGCUCGAGAAUUUGUUGCGCAGGUCAAGAAGUAGUUCCGACUCAAAUUGUUUGGAAGAUUCAACAGAAAGCACUGCGGGUCUACAAUAAAUGGUAGAUAAAAGACGGUUAUUUGUUUAAAAUCGUUACGCACUUUUUUUAUAUAGAAACUUACAUAGACUCUCAGAAUCUCCUGAACCUGUAUUUGAUUUGUAAAUUUCUGCUCUUUGUAUCUUUGUAUCUUUCUACUUUUUAUAAAUAUGUAGUUCUUAGUGUCGGUAUUGGUACUUCUUUAUUGUUUGUCGCUAGUAAAACCCCAUUUCAAAUAUUGUUGAAAUUAACGUGCGAGUAUCAAUUAUUGCCGAGUACCCAUUUCGCAAUUGUUAUAAAAAUAACAAGAUUUCUGCUAUCUAUUCGUUGUUUUUAGCUAACAACCAAAAUAAAACAAAAAUAGACUUUUAAAGACACUAUAAGAGUUGGGAAUGAAGAAAAUUUAAUCAAACAUCUCGGAACUCACUUUUAAGUUAACAAAGCCUACGAAAACGUAUCUCAUUUGUAUCCGUGCGAUGACUCAUGGUACUGAAUGUUUGACUUGUAAUCCACUUUGAUGACAGGGCAUUUUUUGAUUAGGUCCAAAUUCGAAGAAUAUUUACCUCCGUGUUAUGAUAUUUAACAAAAAUAAACAAGAUACCAUUUCUACUACACAAUAUUUAAGAAAGAAAACCGAGCGUCUGCUUGCUUGUAAGUAGCAAUUUUGUUUCCAACCUGACGCGGAUCAAAGGUUAAUCCACACGCACCUGCGGUGUAAAUCAGAGGCGUUGCUAUUAACUUUCACACACAUUAUUUCUUUUACUGGACACACUAAAACUAAAAAGCUAAUAAAUAAAUAAACAAUGCAUUUAUUUAAUUUUUUAAUUAUUUGUCCCGAGACAUGCGAAGCACAUUCUCCUCCGUUUGUGUGCAGGCGGUCGCAGGGACAUCGAAAUGAAUAUUGCUUAUUCAUGUAAUAUGAUUGAAUUGCGUUUAUUACAUAUUUUUUGUGUUAUAUUCUAACAUUGUAUCUUAUAUUGUUACAUUCUUUCAAAAUCUUGCACUUUUAACCGAUGAAUUACUGGAAAAUAACGAAAAGAAAUGAGGGGCAAUAAUGGGUACCCGAACCCGAAUUGAAGGUCAUGGACAGUGUUUAAUUUUAGCCCAAAAAGUGUCGAUAUUGAUGAGAAUAAAAUAAAAAUUAUUCCUCAAAUUAAAUAAAUGAACAGUGCAGAGAUUUGCCUAGAAAUUUUUACAAGACAGCUUAAAUGUAGAGAGUAAUAGUGUAUUUUUCGGCAAUAAUGGGUACUCGCAGGUUACAAGUUAUAAUUACAUGUAAUCGGAAGCAGUUUUCU